CAUGGCGGACCUGAGCUUCAUCGAAGAUUCCGUCGCCUUCCCGGAGAAGGAAGAAGACGAGGAGGAAGAGGAGGAGGGCGUGGAGUGGGGCUACGAGGAAGGUGUUGAGUGGGGCUUGGUGUUUCCUGAUGCUAAUGGGGAAUACCAGUCUCCCAUUAACCUGAAUUCAAGAGAAGCUAGAUAUGACCCCUCACUGCUGGAUGUCCGCCUCUCGCCAAAUUAUGUGGUCUGCCGGGACUGCGAAGUCACCAACGAUGGACAUACUAUUCAGGUUAUCCUGAAGUCAAAAUCAGUUCUAUCGGGAGGUCCAUUGCCUCAAGGGCAUGAAUUUGAACUGUAUGAAGUUAGAUUUCAUUGGGGAAGAGAAAACCAGCGUGGUUCUGAGCACACAGUUAAUUUCAAAGCUUUUCCCAUGGAGCUCCAUCUGAUCCACUGGAAUGCCACCCUUUAUGGCAGUAUUGAUGAGGCCGUGGGGAAGCCGCAUGGAAUUGCCAUCAUUGCUUUGUUUGUUCAGAUAGGAAAAGAACAUGUAGGCCUGAAGGCUGUGACUGAAAUCCUCCAGGACAUUCAGUAUAAGGGGAAGUCCAAAACAAUACCCUGUUUUAAUCCUAACACUUUAUUACCAGAUCCUCUGCUGCGUGACUACUGGGUGUAUGAAGGCUCUCUUACUAUUCCGCCUUGCAGUGAAGGUGUUACCUGGAUAUUAUUCCGAUACCCUUUAACUAUAUCCCAGCUACAGAUUGAAGAAUUCCGAAGGCUGAGGACACACGUCAAGGGGGCAGAACUUGUGGAAGGCUGUGAUGGGAUUUUGGGAGACAAUUUUAGACCCACUCAGCCACUUAGUGACAGAGUCAUCAGAGCUGCAUUUCAAUAGCCAAAGAGAGCAGGACAAGUCCACCUUCUUUUGGGAGGAAGACAGUGGUCGUAUAGUGCCCUUGGAUGAGAAAUGGAAACUUCUGAGCUGCAGCUUCGGUUUAUGCUCAAAGCCUGCAUUGUUUGUCUUCAUCUAAUCCAGCUUUGAUGGACAUCUGUGGCAGUUGCCUGCACACGUGCUCGAAUGAAGUAUUAGAAAUGGCUAUACAUUCAAAAGAAACCCCGUAUUAUAUACCCACAUCACUGCUGCUAGUGUUCAUAUUUUUGCACAUACUGUUUAUUGCUUAUGUGUAGAAGAAAUGAAACUAGUUUCAGAGUUGUUAUUCUUGUGAAUAUAUAACAUGUAUUAAUAUUGAGACCAAAAAAUACAUUUCCAGCAUUAGCAGUCCUUCAUUUCCUGUCUCCAGAAUAAUGUAAUUCUUGAUAAUAAAUAAGAGUUUUGAUGAAGAGUAAUAUACAGCUUACAAGGGAAUGUAAAGGAUUAGUAAAAAAAUUAUAUCUCCCGUCAUUUUUCGGCCCCUCACACCACAUUGAUGUCAGGCUGGUUUGUUAUUAUGGAAAACAACUUGGGAGUUAAUGCAAGAACAUAAUACUCACUUUAUAUUACUUUCUUACGAACAGGAUUUACUUGAAUACAUGAAUCUAAUCAUGUUUAUUUGAUAGAAGCUGUGGUUUCUAGGAAUUUGAGAAAGGCAUAGGAAAUAAAUAGGACAAAAAGGAAAUGGUACCUUGAAUAGCAUUUUUUCCAUGAUAGAAACAUAAAUUUAAUAGUAUCCUAUAAUAAUUUAGUACUGUACAUUUUUUAAGACUUUAAAAAAUUCUAUGGA